UCUUCAGGCUGAGAGGGGCUCCCAGAGGUUCCAGGACAGUGCAGGCUCACCAUGCUGCCUUGCCUCGCCCUGCUUCUCCUGAUGGAGCUGCCCGUGUGCACUGUGGCAGGUGAUGGUGGAGAGGAACAGACACUCAGCACUGAAGCAGAGACCUGGAUAACUGUGGCCUUGGAGGAAGGCGCUGGCCCCAGCAUUCAGCUCCAGCUGCAGGAAGUGAAGACGGGCAAGCCAAGCCAGUUCUUUGGGCUGAUGGGGAAGCGAGUGGGAGGAAGACUUCUGAUCCAGCCAAGGAGAAAAAAAGUGUAUCAGCUGCAACACACGUUCCAGGGCCUCCUGGGCAAGAGAAGCCUGUCCACAGAAGGCAGAGAGGAUGAGGCCCAAGGUUCAGAGUAAAAGCCCCCACCGCAGACUUCCCAGAGGACAUGGUGCCAGUUCUUCCUACCUGGAUGUCACAGCUGACAAGCCGGCAGGCCAACUCUCUUCUCUGUGUCUCCUGUCCUCAUCGCUGGCACUUCACACAAGGCCCACACUGAACCCACUGGGCUUCUUUCUGGACUCUCGGUGUCAGGCAGCAGUCCUGCAUAAAUGCACAGCUUCGCCGUUGCAAGCUGCAUUGACUGCCCUCCCUCACACUCAGAGCUGGCAUCUCACUGCACAGCAGUGAGACUCACACACUCUGUAUCCUGUGCCUAGCACACAGCAGGCGCUCAAUAAAUGAGUGACCAGUGAA